AAGCAGCCGGCGACUCGCUAACGUAAAGCUGGCAAGCCAAGCCAAUCCGACGCGAUCCAAUCCGUCUGUCUCAAGAUGGACGACGACAGCUCGCUUGACACUCUGUUGGCGCGGGCGACGAAUCCACUAUGCCGGGAGCUGGACAUGGAGGCUGUGCAGCAGCUGUGCGAGCGCAUCCUGCUCGAGCGAGACGGCUCCCAUCAGGCAUUGCGUUUUCUCGCCCACAAGAUCCAGUCGCCACAGGAGAGGGAGGCCCUGCAGGCACUGCUGGUGCUCGAGGAGUGUGCCAAUCGGUGUGGGGCCAAGUUCCAAGAUGAGCUGGGAAAGUUUCGCUUCCUCAACGAGCUCAUCAAGGUGGUCUCACCCAAGUACCUGGGCAACCGUGCCUCCCAGCGGGUCAAGCAGAAAAUCAUCGAGGUGCUGUACCGCUGGAGCAUCGAAAUGAAGCACCAUGCCAAGAUCCAAGAGGCCUAUCAGAUGUUGAAGCGCCAGGGUGUCGUUGCUGUCGACCCCGUCUACGUCAUCGAGGAUUACGAGCCAGGCCCCGCGCCAGCACCCAGGUCCCAGAGCGCUGUCUUCGAGGAUGAAGAGAAGUCACAGAUGCUGCAGAAGCUGCUGCAGAGCAAGAACCCUGAAGACCUGCAGGCUGCCAACCGGCUCAUCCGCAACAUGGUCAAAGAGCAGGCGGAUCGGCGCAUGGAGAUGCUGGCACGGCGCACGACGGAGAUCGAGACAGUGCAUAAUAACGCCAAGGUGCUUAAGGACAUGCUGGCCAACUACCGUCCGGGGGAGAGCUCCGCGGAGGAGCAGGACCUCAUGAAGGAACUGUUUGAGAGCUGUGAGCGCCUGCGUCCCAAGUUGUUCCGGCUGGCGGGAGAGAUGGAGGAAAAAGACGAAGGGCUCAACGAGAUCCUGACAGCCAACGACGAGCUGACGAACGUGAUCAACAUCUACAAGAAGACCAUGGGGCUCGAGCCAGCUGUCAACGGAGGGAGUUCCACCACUGCCUUGAACGACACCCACGUCGCAUCAACUGCGCCGGUGGCUGCAGCGGCUGCUGGCUCCCUGCUGGACCUUGGCUCCCCGGGACCCGAUGUUCGUGAAGAUCCCAAGAAGGGCCCUAUCGACCUCAGCCUGCUUGAUGACCAACUACUUGCGCUCGGCAUAGGCGAUCCGGGCCCUCCGACUGCGACCAGCAGCAUGGCAGAUCUGGGCUCCCUCUUCUCACCGGGGCUGCCCCAGGGUAGUGCAAGUGCCGGUGCUGGCUCUGGGGGUGCUGGGGCUGCCCCGUUUGUGGGCUUUGGGAAUGCCGCCACCCAAUCGCGGCUUCCGAGUUACUCCCCGUCGCACCAGGCGGUGUCGCAGCCCACAAUGCUGGCGCCUAGCACUGCGAGCGGCCUGCUGUCCUCCCCGCUGCGGCCGACGCCCUCUUACAUCCAGCAGGGGAACCACAUGAACAACAUUGGCGGUGGGAACAGCAACGCCACCACCACAGGUGGGUCUCUGCUGAGCAAGUCACGCGGCCUCGAAGAACUGGAUGCCCUGGGCCAGUCCCUGAUCAAGCAGGCUCUGCCGCAUAACCCCGGCUCCCAGGGAGACUUCCCCACCACGCCACAGAAGAUUCCGCUGAACCAGAUCUCACGGCCCCUGCUGCCGGCUGCGAGCUCCAGCAGCGUCCAGGCUUCGGCAGGAGUCUUCCAGUCUUUGAACGUUGGCCCGAAGACGCUUCCCCUUGGACCGUCCAUGCUGGCCCCUAUGGAGGGGCAUCCGCCGGGCUCCCCUUCUAAGAUGGCCACGGAUGACAUGCUGAACAACCUGUUUGUGCCCCUGGAGCAGAUACAGCCAGGCUCACAGGCGCCACUAAACCUGCACGAGCAGAAUGGGGUGCGUGCAGUGGUACACAUCGCACGAAACCGACCCCAGGAGCAUGUGUCGGUGCUUGUCGUGUCCAUCACAAGUCAGAGCAGCCUGCCUGUCCGCCGGAUUGCCUUUCAAGCAGCUGUGCCCAAGACAAUGCGGAUCAAGGUGCAGUCACCCUCGGCCACUGAGCUACCACCUCACAACCCUAUCCUGCCGGCUGCUGCCAUCACCCAAGUCAUGCUAAUUGCCAACCCCGCCAAAGACAAGGUACGCCUGAAAUACAAGCUGAGCUACGCAAUUGAGGAAGAAAGCCACACAGAUUCCGGAGAAGUUGACUGCCCCAUAGACACAGCUGUCGCUGCCACCUCAUGAUGAUGACAGCUGCCCGACAGAAGACCUGAGGACACCGCCACCGCUGCUGGUUGAAGAUACCACUGCUGGACACACACACACACACCUGCAUCUGCUGUGCUUCCACUUCAGCAGCCUCUACAAGUGCCAUCACAUUGUCCCACCUCCACCCAUUUUGCAGUGCUUCUUCUAUCCUCUUGCGUGCCAUCUAUCCAAAAAGAUUUUUAACGCCUGCACCUGGCCUUUCAUUGUAAACCAAUUGAUGGUGGCUCCCUCUUGCCUUCAUGUCAUCUGCUCUAGGUUAUGGCGUCAGCUGGUGGCGUUUGUCGUUUUACUUUGAUGCUUAUGGAAAUCUGACAAAAUGCUAUGCUCCCUGUGGCUGAAUCGUCGUCUCAUGUUGGCUACAAAUUGCAGCUCCUGCCGUGAAGCUGGCGCAAUUCGGAGCCAUCUAAUACUGUAGAUUUCUCAUGUAACUGUUGUUACAUGAGAAAUCGACACGAGACGACAAGGAUGGCAGGUUGGAGCUUAUGACUACACGAGGAAACAAAAAUGCCACACUUCAAGCACAGAAAGUAUGUGAUCACCUCUAAGAACAGAUGGCUCAGCAGAAGAUGCUUGGGUGUGAUGUGUGGUGGGUGGGCAUACCAGGCUCUGAAGUAGACUAGCUGCAGAGCUCAUUUUCGCUAUCUUUUGGCACCUUGGCAGUGGUAGUAAUUGCCGGUGUGUGUUAGGGCACGGCUGGUUGGGACAGUUACUCAUGAAUGCGAUGUAUUCCUUUCCUCUUUUUCUUUUUUUUUUGUAUGUCCUCCUGGUGCACAGGUGUUCUCGAGAAACACCACGUAACACGCAUGCAGUAUACUUAAAGGUGUGACUGUUCUCAUUUGCUGGAUGGUGUCAUUGUUUUUGGCGAGUGCUGUCUGGGCACGAGCUUGAUAAAUGUAAGAUUUUGCUUAGGGAAACAUUGAUUACACGUUGAAUUGAGUGCAUUUGUGCCAGCACCAGCAGGAGGUAAUGCAGGCCAAAGUGGGGGGAAAAAUAGGAAUCGAUAAUUAGCAGUCUUGCUGUGUUGGUUGAAAAUCCAACGUAUUAUGAGAGUCGCACUGAUUUGACAACCUUGUACCAAAAACCUUAUGCUGUUUUCACAUAAUAGGGCUGCUGUUUUCACUUCCUCUUCGGAAGCUUUGUUUUUUUCAACUUCAAGCUGGACCUUGCAUGCUGGCAAGGUUUUGGUGUCGUGUAGUUCUGACUUCUUGCCUCGACAUAUUUGUCCACAGUAUGCUGUCGUAGCAAGUGUGGUCUGUUGUUUCAGUGCCUUGAAUCAGUUGUAUGUACUCAAGGAGCUUUUAGCCAAGAUGACCAACAUUUUUGUUGUAGGAUCUAGUGUAAUGAUUAACAAGGAACAACUAAGCUAUUUAUGGGCAGGUCUGUGUAAAUUCAUUUUUUGUUUGCACGCUUCACAUAUGAGAAAUUCAGCAUUAUUUUCUUUUGCAACAAAAGAAAAGAAAACAUUACUGAUGUUUUAAGUAGACACAGUACCUUUUGUUGUUGGGCAGAGAAUUAAACACAUGGGAUUGCAUCACAAUGUAAAUGCUUAUAGGUUUGGAAAUUUUGCUCACUCGCUAAAAGCUUUUAUUCAAACAACACGGAAGUUUGGUGUUAGUGUGUUAUUGUGAGAGGGAUUGAAGCAUUGCAAAUAGGAUUAUUCCACUUUUGAAGUUCUGUGAACAAGCUUUAACUUAGGCCUAAACCUAAGCCUAACUUAUUUGGAAGAGAGAUGUGUUUACCCACUCCCAACAGAUGUGUUUACCCACUCCCAACAUGCUUUGAAAAAGUAGAGAAGGCGGUAUGUGUGUUAGGAUCAAAUGCAGAACAGGAACCACAUGAGCACAGUUUUUUUUUUCAUCUCGACUGCAAGAACAGUGCAUGCAUUAGAAAAGAGGAAAGAAUGGUACAUGUCAGAAUUGGGCAAAUGCUGUUUAUAAUGUGCGCUACUUAUGAGAGUAUAUGAAAUUAUAAUGUAACAAUGUUUACCACUGUUCUCUACAAGAAUCAUAUCUGUAUGUGCGGCGGUAGGUGUGUAAAAGGAACCCUCUGAGCUGAUGUAGCUUUUUCGGAAAAAAUAUGCACAAAUCUGUCACAUAUCUAGCAAGGGCAGAGAAGGUAGCUAUGAGUGUACCUUGUGUCCUCUAAACUGUUCCUUGGGGCCUUGUUCACAUGUUACACAAGUGUGUGUGCAAAGGACGGCGACAACCACAACACACAUUGAAGUAGCAGACCACCAGUACACUUACACAGCCUACAGUUGACGUCACAAAAUUGAAUGAACUAUGGGAUAACUUUAACAUGGUCCUCAAGGUUACUGUCGAGUGCUGCUCAGUCAGCCAGUAAUGUGUUUUUUUUUUUAUUUGUUUGUGGUGGUUAGAAAACUGCUUUGUGAAAGUGAGUAUACUUAUGAACAUGUAGAGCUGCUUUACUUCAGUACUAGAGAGAGCAGCAACAUUGUCAUGAGGGCAUGCUCAUUGAAGCCAAGUUGAGCUUGUAGAACGCUGCUUGAGUUUCGUUACGUGCAGUACAGACUUGCAGGGAAGCGGCGGUUUCACUGGAGUAGCUCCCAUCUGUUUAACGGUUGGUCUUGCGCAAGGCUCCUUGCAUUUUGAUUGGCCGGUAUCACCAGCAGCUCUGGCUUGACUUAUUCCUUCUAAAGGUGAGCUGCAAGAAAAUUUUUGACCAGAUAAAAAGCCUAGCUUCAGUUUAAAAUAAGAGUGGGCACACGACUGAAAGCUUGCAAAAGUAGACAUUUUUGAUGCCAAAACUAAAAAAAAAAAAGAAUGCCAUUGCAACUCACCGGAACUGAUAUAUGACCCAAAGCGUUCAGAACCAGCGCAGCUCCUGGGCAUGAACUCCGAGAUUACGUAGCACGUGCGGCAUGCAUCUUAGAUAAGAAAGUUCAACAAUUACCAGUCAUGCAGAUUUGCCAAGAUUGCUUCAAUAGUAUACCAAUAUUACCCGCGUAUUGCCAAUUUAGCCAGAGUGAGAUUUCCUUGCAAUUGGCCUUUAUAAAGGAAUGGAGGAAACCCUGUAGUCUAGAGAGAUACUCAUGUGUUUCCUAGUGUUGGGGUGCAGUUUCUUAGACGUCAGCUGACGACUGACAUGAGCUCGUGCCAAGAACCCCAAUAGCCACUUUCUAUGUCCUCAUCGGUCUUGGGAACUCGAUGGUCACAAUUAGAACUUAGUCGCAGGGCUGCGACAUAGAUUAGUUCUUACUCCCAUAUUCCAGAAUGUUUUUCCUCUCGACUCAAGAAAGUGGAUAGCAGUGCUGCACUGCAACUGAAGUGGUUGCUGCACGUCAGUGACACCCCCCUGAGCAAGAAAAUAUUGUGCCCAGAUGCUCUCGGCAUCUACUGGAAUGCACCUCCAACUCCACAAGCAACUCCUCGUCGUAGGAAUCGUUGAGGAGUGUUGUUGAAGCUGAGCACUUGCUUCAGCCAAGGAGCAGCACUGCUCUCCACUCAGUGGAUUCAAGGAAGCGCUUCGCAUCAGGUCCUGUUUCAGAACACAGUGCCUGCAGUUGAGUGGAACCACUGCUGAGGAUCAAACAAAAAAGCAACUACGCAGAUGGAAAGCUGUAGUUAAAAUGGGCAUGAGAUGGACCAACUAAACUUCAUAAUUACUUCUGGUGAAUAGAGCUUUCCUGGUAGUGCACAGCAUGCAUUUGUUAAGUAUGUGUGCAGUUUAGAGGCUCUGCAAGCUAAUUUCGCUGUUUAUGUUAGGCAGCUGACAGAUAUCCUCUCAGGUUUCCUCACAGACGUCAAAUGUUUGGCCAAAGAUCACCAUUCAAGAGAAGCCUGGCGUUAGAUGUGGCGAGUUCGAGGUCAUUUGCACAUUUGGCAAAGAACAUCCUAGAAGUGGCAACUUGGAAUCGGCAAUAGUUUUAUGGUGUCAUGGUCCCGUUAUUCUUGUAGUAGGAGGCGUUCAGUCACAGGAUGGUUGUGUUGCCUUUCAACGCAGACAUUUGUUACAGCUGUAUUUGUGCACCUUUUAAUUUUGAACUAGGGGCUGUGCAUUUAAUGUACUAAGCACUACAUUGUCCUGGCGGUGUCUUAAAAUUUUAGUUUUCUCUGCUUUCAUUAAACAUGAUGCAAAACAGCUCUAAAGGAAAGAGGUAGGUUGAGAAAGAGCUGGGAAGAUCAAGAACUGUUCUUGUAUUUUUAUUUCUGGGCCAUCUCUUUCUAGCGUUGCCUUGCAUCAUAAAUUUCUGAAUUGAACUGGCCCACCUGUCAAUGUUACCAUUUACUGUGCUCAUUGAAUUAGUGAGAAACCCUACAUGUCUAGUUUAAGUCUAGGAAAAGCAUGGGCGUUCCAAGUGGCUAAGACGUAUGGUGGUUUGAGUUUAGUGGUUUAACUCGGUGACUGCCUUUCUGCAGGCACGGUAAAGUUGCUGUUGGGAUUUUGGGAGGUUUCUGCACAGAUAGUUGCUAUGACUGACAUGCUCUGUAAACUGCAGAACUUGUUGCUGGGAAAGUUGGUGUUCGCUUAACAACAAGCGCACAAGGCACAAUUACAAAGAAGAGAGACGGACACGUCACAGGUGCUCGUCGCACGUCAUCACGUCACAGGUGCCUGUGACGUGUGUCUCUUCUUUGUAAUUGUGCCUUCGCACUGCAAUAUGUCGUGCUUUGUAAAUGCUUGCAGAUGAUGAGGUUCCCCCCCCCCCCCUUUUUUUUGGUGCAAAUUCAGAAAUCUUGCAAAAGGGGUGCAUCGCUUGUUGUCGACAGAACAUGCAGAGGUUUGCCUAUACCUCUUUGGCAGCCUGGAGGACAACGGGCAGACCUUGUUAAGGGUAACAGAAUUGGGUGCUGCGUACAUGCAUGCACACUCAUCGCAGCACAUUAAUCAUAACUUCUCGACCAUUCUUGGCGGAGGGCUGUGUGCUUGUGGGCCAGUAGCAGUACAUCGAGGACAGAAUUCUCUCGGAAUUUUAUUUUGUGCUUCCGGUAUUUAUUGGCAGUACUUGGCUCCUUGUGUUUAACAUAAUGGUUGUGAGGAGCAACAGAAAGUGCCAUGGCAUUUGUUUUUGUCUUUGAAUAUGCAUUUUCCUUUGCUAUAUAGACUUCGGCAGGCAUCCUAGGAUUGUAGUUGCACAGCUUGUGAGAGGUUGAUAGUGAAACACUUUAUUCAAAUUUAGACUUUGCCGCUGGAAAAGUAAUUCAAGUUAAAUUGCUCCAAGUGCCUACGGCUAGACCGAUUGACACAAACGUUUGUGUGCUGGCAGCAUAGCAUACAUGUUCCUUUCAAGCUACAUCAUGACAUUGCACCGAGUAUUAAUUUUGCAGUAGAGGAUAUUGUUACGCCGGGUGCUGGCUCACGUAUUCUUUACAGUGCAACACAAAAUGUACAAGCCACCUCCCCACGUUGCCUCAAAAGGUUCUGUUUUUUUUUUUUUUGGCCGAACAGGAAUGUUUGGAGGGCAAUUGGGACUUUACUCUGGCACAAAGGGCUGAGAGUUGAAACUAGACCAUGAUAAUUGUCGCCUUUCAAACAAAAGUUUCAUUGACUAGGCAAACUAAGCCACAAAGCUAUUGGAAAAGUAGUGAUAUUUCUAAAUGACAGCUUAAUGUCUUAGGUACGGUGAAGUUAAGGGUCUGACGAAAUCUCGUCUGGUCGGGAAGAAUCAUGGCGAAAACAGGAAACAGACAGCACAGUAAAAGGUGAAUUAUUAUUUUUUUUUUCUUAACAAACGUUUGCAGUUUGCACUGAAGCUUCAUUGUGUGCAAGGCUCCCGUGUGGGGGCCGAAAUGUCGGUUAAGAAAAAAUAUAGUUUCACCUUGGUCGGCAUCUGUUUCUUGUUUUCGCUAAUAUAUGUAUGGUUUGGUAAUCCAGUGGAACGGACCUUAUAUGCUGCUCUCAGUGUCUGCUGCUGAACGCAUGCUUUCUUCAAGACGAAUGCUGCUGUUGAAUCAUGCGAGAACACUUUUACAAAGAGGAAAGGCACUCAACUGUCUAGAUGAGGUGGUAAUAGUGCUUCACGCAUGUGAGGUACUGGCACAAGAAGUGCCCUGUAACUGAUGCUAGCCUAUGUGGCUGCUUUAGGUUGUAUAACAGGUGAAACGGAAUGUUAGUGUUGCAUGUUUGGUUACUGCUGUGACAUCGAAGAAGGCCUGUACUUCUUCAGGUCCGCACAAAUGCCUGGAGGAGCCACCACGUAGUUUUCCCUGCCACCGAGAAAACUUUGGCAUGCUGCAGUUAGUGCAGUGGGAGGAAGGAAGCAUUCCACAACUCCGGGAUAGGGGACGCAUCAAACUUUGAGCUAGUCAUGUCUCCGUUGAGGAGAAACUACUACCUAGGGUAUUGCAAUUGAAAAGGAUGGACACCUCUUCUUUUUCUUGUCUAUGUGUGCGUGUUCUUGUCUGUCUGUGCAUGUCUUGUUUUUCUUGCUGCCUCUUCACCUUACACUCCAGUCGCGUAUAUUAUGUUUUUCUCCUCUCCUCCCUUGUAAAAUACAUGCCCUGCUUCUCUCUCACCUGUUUGUUGAGAAUAAACGGUUUAUAAGCA